AUGGGAGGCAAAGCACUCUCUCGUUUGGAUCCUCCUCUGGAGACUCCUCGCAUGCCCAUGGAGACUUAUCUUGUAGUCAAGAACCAACUCAUUCGCACUCUUGCCCCAGCUUUCGGCUGGAUCGACACGCCAAUCGAAGGUCCUGGAAAGAAGGACUACGGCGACAUCGACCUCAUCGUCUCUGGCCUCAUCGGCUCCGACAUGCGCAAGGAAAGCAUCCUCAAUCUCGUCAACCAACUUCUUGGAGCCCAGGCUCAAAUUACCGAGCCAGGAAGCGCCGUCGCUGCUCACUUUGCUAUCCCUUGGCCCGAGGAACUCCCUUACCCUGAGGACUACGGAACACUUCCAACCGACGAUUCUCAUGAGCUCAACCAAUCUACUACAACUCUUGGAGCCAUCUCGCCUGGCUACAACUCUUCUUCUGAUGUGUCGCGACCUCAGUCUGAUGCGCAUGGAACACCCGGUUCCAACGCUGAACCCCUUACGCUCCAAGAACUUCGAGACAAAGGAAAGACUAUCUUUCCCCUUGCUGCGGCCCGUCAAACUGCUCUCGUCCUUGCUCUGAAUGAAGACAACUCUGGUGGAGGUCAAAGCUCGCAAGCAAACUUCUCCCCCAGCCCUGACCCAGGAACCUUCCCGUGCACACCUACAUCUAGCAGCAAGAAGAACUCCACCUGGUCUUCCAAAAGCAAGCUCAAGACACGCCUUCCGCGAUCUCCCUCCUUUUCUUCUCUGUCGCACCUUAUUAGCAAGCUCGGUCACCCUGACCAGAACGCUGCAGAUGGCACUGGCGAUAAAAGCAAGACGGAGAAAACUGGAUCCGCAUUCCCAGACUCUAUUUCAGGCCCACCGUCCGGUCCCUAUAUCCAGGUCGACGUCCACUUCUGUUUCGACGUUAAGGAGGCUAAGUACCUUCGAUUUCAUCAAGCUCAUGGCGAUAUGUGGCAGCUCCUUGGAUCUAUCAUCAAACCUUUCGGACUUACUGUGGACAACAAAGGGUUGUGGAUUCGAAUUCCCGAGGUUGAAAUUGUCGACAAGAAGAGGGCCAAGAUUCUUCUAACUUCCGUCCCGAACCAAAUCCUGGACUUUAUCGGCGUGCCAGUUCCCGAGUACUGGAGACCCUUCGCAGAUGUCGAAUCGAUGUUCCGAUACGUGGCCAAGUGCAACAUGUUCUGGGUGGAUCCCGACUAUGCAAUCGAACAAGACCUAGCCGCUGCUAAAUCUAACGAUCGACAGCGCAUCUCCCACCGACCCGUGUACCGACAAUGGAUCACCGAAUUCAAGCCCCGCUGCCGUGAACAAGGUCUCUACUCAAAGGUCCCCACCACCCGUGAGGAAGUUAGAGACAAAGCCUUUGAGACCUUCAAGAUCGAAACCGACUACCACGAGCGACUCCGCGAGUUUAUUUUCGAGACCCAGAAGACCGAAAUCGUCAAGGAGAUCAAGGCCAUUUUCCCCGCCGUCGCGCAGCCAACGAACCAAAAGGCUGUCCAAAUGCGCUCCCUUCACAUCAAGGCCAUGAGGGAGAUCAUCAUCGAGGAGGCCGACGAGGGGCGCUACAACAUUGUAGCGCCGGCCGGGCUCCGGCAACCAAACGGCCUGUUCAACAUGGACCGGGUCUGCUCUUACGCCCGGUCCAUCGCGGACGAGGUCGCGGCCGCCGUUGCCGCAGGUCUUUCCCGUGGCCGCCCCGCCGCUUGUGGUGGGUCUUCGGUGGUUCGGGCUCCGUCUGCUCCCCGGGCUCGGCGCCGGUCCUUCGGGGGACCCGCCAGCAACAGCCGAUCGGCAUCGGGAUAG